AUGGAGAUUGAUCUUUCUCCCCAGUUUGCGAAGACAGUUCAUGGAGCCAAUGGUGGGUCCUACCACACCUGGUCCCCCUCUCAGCUUCCCAUGCUUCGCGAAGGCAACAUUGGUGCAGCCAAACUCUCUCUGCGCAAAAACGGUUUCGCCCUUCCUCGUUACUCUGACUCUUCCAAGGUCGCUUAUGUUCUUCAAGGAAGUGGAGUGGCUGGAAUAGUGCUGCCUGAAUCAGAAGAGAAGGUCGUUCCAAUCAACAAGGGUGAUGCGCUGGCACUCCCCUUUGGUGUUGUGACAUGGUGGUAUAACAGGGAAGAAACUGAGUUGGUUGUUCUGUUCCUUGGGGACACUUCCAAGGCUCAUAAGGCUGGUGAAUUCACUGACUUUUUUCUGACUGGUUCCAAUGGAAUCUUCACGGGGUUUUCCACUGAGUUUGUGAGCAGGGCUUGGGACAUGGAAGAGAGUGAUGUCAAAACCCUUGUUGGAAAACAACCAGGCACAGGGAUUGUGCAGUUGGAAGCAAACAUCACACUUCCUGAGCCUAAACCAGAGCACCGGAAUGGCAUGGCCUUGAACUGUGAAGAGGCUCCAUUGGAUGUUGACAUCAAGGGUGGUGGAAGGGUUGUGGUAUUGAACACCAAGAAUCUUCCCUUGGUUGGUGAUGUUGGACUAGGGGCUGACCUUGUGAGGUUGGAUGGAGGAGCAAUGUGCUCUCCAGGAUUCUCUUGUGAUUCUGCUUUGCAGGUUACUUAUAUUGUCAGGGGUAGUGGCCGGGUUCAGGUUGUUGGUGUUGAUGGUCGUAGGGUUUUGGAGACAACCGUAAAAGCUGGUAAUUUGUUCAUUGUGCCAAGGUUUUUUGUGGUCUCAAAGAUUGCUGAUCCAGAGGGAAUGGACUGGUUCUCUAUUAUCACCACCCCUAAUCCUAUAUUUACCCACUUGGCUGGAAGUUCUUCUGUGUGGAAGGCUUUAUCACCAUCUGUUCUGCAAGCUGCUUUCAAUGUAGAUUCAGAAGUGGAGCAACUGUUCCGUUCAAAGAGGACUUCCGAUGCCAUUUUCUUCCCUCCGCCAAGUUAG